AUGACAUGGAAGGAGUCACCAUGAAACGAAAAGGAAAACUUUUAGUUCUUGAGGUCGCUGGCUUGGCUGAGAAUAGACCAUCCAUUCUGAAAGGGGAUGCAUUAUUUGCUCAGAUCAGAACUGGUAAGAACAAAGCUGAUUUGGACUCGAAGACGUACAAAGGCUACGUACAUCAGAUUGAAAUGAUACAUGUACAUAUUGGAUUUGGAGAAGGAUUAUUGAAGCGCUUCGUUAAUGGUAUGCUGUUUGAUGUACAGUUUACUUUCAACCGACUGCCAUUGAAACUGCAACACCGAGCAGUGGAUCAAUGCAGCAAUAAAAAACUCGGUCUCAGUCCUGUCUUAUUUCCGCAACCAUUCAAACUUGAUUAUCGUUCGUUACUCAGACCACUGCUAUCAUCAAUCAGCUUAUUUGAUCGUCAGUUGGAAUGUAACACACAGCAAGUGUCUGCUGUGAAGCAUAUACUUAGUGGUUCAUCAAGACCAUCACCUUACCUUAUAUUUGGACCCCCAGGAACUGGCAAGACUGUCACAAUGGUAGAAGCUAUUAAACAGGUAUAUAAAUCUCUCCCUGGUAGUUUUAUCUUAGCAUGUGCACCAUCCAACAGUGCGGCAGACUUGAUUGCUCAGCGAUUACUGAAGAAUACGCCUGUUGCUAAGUCAACUAUUCUAAGAUUGAAUGCUCUGUCAAGAAACUGGGCCACUGUAAACCCUGCUGUUAAGGAUAUUUGUAACUUUGAUAGGGCUCAGGGAUUAAUACAUUUUCCAGAUAUGGAAACAAUGAUGAAGUAUAGAAUUAUAGUCACCACACUAGUAACUGCAGGAAGACUGGUUACGGCCAAGAUCCCACAAUCCCACUUCACUCAUAUCUUUAUUGAUGAAGCUGGACACGCUGUAGAGCCGGAAUGUACAAUAGCAAUAGCUGGUUUACUGGAUGUAACAAAUGACAAAGGUGGCCAGCUUGUGUUAGCAGGAGAUCCGGAACAACUGGGACCUGUACUGAGGUCACCAGUGGCGGUCAAGAAUGGUCUAGUGGCUUCAUUGUUGGAGCGGUUUAUGCAAACAUGUCCCGUGUAUCAACGCGAGGGACCUGACCAUCCCUACAAUGCUAAUAUGUUAACAAAACUUGUCCGUAAUUAUCGUUCCCAUCCCGAUAUUUUGAGACUUCCCAAUGACCUAUUCUAUAAUGGGGAACUGCAAGCGUUUGCUGAUGAGAUGUUACGUAAUUGUAUGUGUCAAUGGGAACUGCUGCCAAAGAAGAAAUUUCCCAUAAUUUUUCAUGGCGUGGAAGGAAUUGACCAGCGGGAAGGGAAAAGUCCAUCAUUUUUCAACAUUGAAGAAGUGGAGGUUGUGUGGGAUUAUGUGAAGGAAUUACUAGAAGAACAGAGAGGUGGAAUUCGACUGACACAAAAAGAUAUUGGAAUAAUCUCACCUUAUCGUAGACAGGUGCAGAAAAUUGCUAAAGUACUAAAGAAUAAGAACAAGUCAGAAAUAAAAGUUGGAUCCGUUGAAGAAUUUCAGGGCCAAGAAAGAUUGGUCAUUAUCAUCUCCACUGUACGUAGUACAAAUGAAGAAAAUCUACGAAUGGACAUUGAUUAUAAACUAGGGUUUUUGCGAAAUCCUAAGCGUUUCAAUGUUGCUCUCACUCGUGCCAAGGCUCUGUUGAUUGUGAUUGGAAAUCCAUAUAUGCUAGCUAAGGAUGCUUACUGGAAUGGUUUCCUGAAUUAUUGCCUCACCAGUAAGUGCCAAGAUAUUUUUUGUGGUAUUGACAUUGCUCAUUUUCUCACACUAGGAACAGCUAAAACCUUUGGCAAAAAUGCUGAUGAAGUUUUUCUACAAUAUACUCUUUGUGAAAUGAGCAGUUUUAAUACCACAUGUGUGGACCUCGUAUCUAGAUGA